UCUCGCAGUAGCUUAAGAUAUACUCGCUUCGUAGUCCAAGAUAAUUAACCUACACAGCGCCACGACUCCACCAAUUACCUGUUCUAGAAUAUAAUGUUACAGUACCAAGUGUUUAUUCUACUUCUUCUGGCGUUGUCACCCCUGACCAGCAGUGAUGAGGAGCUACACCGUGUGAAAAGAAUGGGAAGAGGACGUGGUCGAGGACGAUUUACUUCGUCAGAUCCCAGUGAUUAUUCAGAGGAAGGAGAUAGUGGUUCAUUUAAUAAUAGAAGAGGAAGACCUCCGGGCCAUGGGGGUAUCCCCCCAGGUCAAAAGAAAAAACAACCUGGUGGGUUUACCCCACCGGGUCAUGCAGGAGGUGGACACGGAAGACCGUUCCCGCCAGGUCAUUCGAAGAAUCCUCAAGGUAAUGAUUUUGAAGACAAUGGUGGUGGUAGUAUCGAUGAAGAAGAGGCCCUUGACUGGGUUCAACAUAUAAUGCCACGUGAUAAAAACUUACCAGUGGCUGUGACUCGUUCAACGAUUUUCAAUCCCUCUGCUCGUUCUACCGAUAAGUUCCAGUUCUGUCGGACUCCUAAACGUCAACCAGGUCACUGUCGCUACAUUCAACACUGCCUACGACGAGAAAUAUUCAAAAAUUAUAAUAAAUUUUAUCGUCAUUUAUGUUUUAUCAAAGGCAGCUACGUUGGAGUUUGUUGUCCUGACUCGCAUUUUGGAGACACUCCAACCCAACCUCCACCCCCACCACCACCUCCUACUACACAGCCGAUACCCUCACCAGUUAUCGAAAGUUCAUUCGAUGAAGAUUGCGGCCAAAGUUUUAAAACCAGAAUAAUUGGAGGUGUUCGUGCUGACCCAAAUGAUUGGAGAUGGAUGGCUGCUCUUCUUCGAGGGGCGGUUGAUUUCUCUGGUCAGUUCUGUGGAGGAGUGCUCAUAAACAAACAAUACGUCUUGACCGCUGCCCACUGCACAGAAGGAUUAACAGCCAAAGAAAUAAAAGUACGACUGGGCGAGUACGACUUUAGCCAAACGGACGACGGCGUCCAUGAAGAUACGGGAGUAGCGGAGAUCAAGGUUCACCCGAAUUAUAACCCAAGGACUCAUUAUUAUGAUGCCUGUCUCCUAAAGCUUGGUCGCCCCGUGCAAUAUAGUACCUAUAUUCGUCCCAUCUGUUUGCCCACAGGUAAAGAAGAUUUCACUGGAGAACUAGGCACAGUCACAGGUUGGGGAACUACAGCUUACGGUGGUAACUCCAGUAGCGUACUACGUCAAGUAACUCUUCCAAUUUGGAAGCUCACUGAAUGUAGCGAUGUUUACAAAGUCCAGAACAUCACCCACGUUUUCCUAUGUGCCGGCUCCCGAGACGGUGAAGAAGACUCUUGUCAGGGUGAUUCCGGAGGUCCCCUGAUGAUUGAAGGACCAAAUAACCGUUGGUCUGUGAUUGGUGUCGUAUCGUGGGGAUUUCGAUGUGCUGAACCCGGCUAUCCAGGAGUUUACACUAGAAUUACUGAAGUUUUAGACUGGAUCAAGAGCAACGCCAUUAAAGCAGAAGCUAAGGAAAUUUCCUUCUUAACCCUAAAGAUCUUACCUUUUGUGUUUUAUAGAAAGCAGAAGAUAAGAAAAAUUCCUUCUUCAACCUACAGCCCUUACCUCGAAUCUGUUUUACUUCUACUUUUGCCAAUCAUCUGCGCAAUACUCAGAUUGUUGCUAAUUUUUCUGGCGGUCUUAGAAAGUGUAGUUAGGCAUUGCAGAUUUGAUGAAUUAUUUCACCGACGCAUCUUCACUAUGAAAUCAUGUUACCCAGUUUUCCUGUUGUUUCUACUGGUCUCCGUAGCUAAAGUUGACCCAGCUAUGGUCAAGCAUUUCAAAAUGCAAGAGAGGACCACGGAACCGCCUUAUGAUGGUGAUCAGAUUCGCUUUGGUAACGAAGGAUCGGGAAGCGCUACCCUUUUAGGUAACAAAAAGGUGCAGGAUGUCGUCAAGGAGCUAGUCAAAGUAGUAGAAGAUGCGUAUCCUGUUAUUUCUGGUAGGUCGUCCAUCAUUAAUUUUAAUGCUGAUCCUAGCGAACGGUUUCAGUUCUGCAAGACACCCAAAAAUGAAUCAGGACAUUGCCGCUAUAUUCAACACUGCUUAUUGCCGGAAUUCGUCGCAGACUUUACCAAGUUCAUUGGUUAUGUUUGUUUUAUCAACAGUCGUUAUGUAGGAACUUGCUGCCCAGACGACCACGUAGCGGAAAGUCUUCCAGCAGCUCUCACCACAACCAAAACACCAUCUAAACCAAAUAAACCAGAAAGCACACCUGAAGAUUCUGUUUUUAUCUUUCCGACGGAACCACCUACAUCAAGACCCAUAUGGCUUCUACCUCCUUCAAAAGCAACACAGCCUCCCACUCCGCCUCCUCCUAAAUCCACAGAGUCCACUCCCCGACCUCCACCAAAGCCAUCUAGUUCACUUAAUGAAUUAGAAUGUGGUAUUAGAUACAAAACAAGAAUAGUUGGAGGUAAAGAAGCUGAUCCUCGGGACUGGUUAUGGAUGGCCGCUUUGAUACGUGGAUCUCCAAUUUUAAGAGGACAAUUCUGUGGUGGGGCACUCAUUAAUAGAAAUUAUGUUGUUACAGCUGCUCACUGUACACAAGGACUUACCAUAGAUCAGAUGAAAGUCCGAUUAGGUGAGUACGACUUUAGCAAGAAGAAUGAUAACUCUCCGACGGAUGUCGCUGUUACUGAAAUAAUAAAUCACCCAGAUUUUGACAAAGUCAGCUAUUACAACGACAUUGCGCUAUUGCGGCUAGCAAAGCCUGUUGCGUUCUCAGAAUUCAUCCAGCCAAUAUGUUUACCACAUCCACGCCAUGACCUACGGAAUAAAAUAGCGACAGUUACUGGUUGGGGAACAGUGUCUUAUGGUGGUGCUUCAAGCAACGUUUUAAGAGAAGUUAGCAUCCCCAUUUGGAAUAACGACGAAUGUGACGAGACUUUUACACAAAAUAUUACUAAAGUGUUCCUUUGUGCUGGAUCUAAGAAUGGAGACAAGGAUUCGUGUCAGGUAAGUUGUCAUGGACAAAUAAGUUGUAUUACUAAAGUGUUCCUUUGUGCUGGAUCUAAGAAUGGAGACAAGGAUUCGUGUCAGGUAAGUUGUCAUGGACAAAUAAGUUGUAUUACUAAAGUGUUCCUUUGUGCUGGAUCUAAGAAUGGAGACAAGGAUUCGUGUCAGGUAAGUUGUCAUGGACAAAUAAGUUGUAUUACUAAAGUGUUCCUUUGUGCUGGAUCUAAGAAUGGAGACAAGGAUUCGUGUCAGGUAAGUUGUCAUGGACAAAUAAGUUGUAUUACUAAAGUGUUCCUUUGUGCUGGAUCUAAGAAUGGAGACAAGGAUUCGUGUCAGGGUGAUUCUGGAGGGCCACUGAUGUGGGAAGCUCCAAAUCGACGAUGGACAUUGGUCGGUAUUGUUUCGUGGGGUAUUAGAUGUGCUGAGCCCAAAUUUCCAGGAGUUUACACUAGAGUCACCGAAUUUCUAGACUGGAUCAGAAUGAAUUUGUCUUAACAAACCAA